AUGGCCGUGGUACGAAAAUCUUCAGGGAGCCUGCGUAUCUGCUUAGACCACCAACCUCUAAACAAAGUGCUGAAAAGACAGCGGUACAGAUUUACCACAUUUGAUGAUGUCUUGCCAAAUCUCAACCAGGCAAAGUUGUUCACCAAAAUGGAUGUCAAAGAAGCAUUCUGGCAUGUGCAAUUAGAUGAAGAGUCGAGCAAGCUCACAACGAUGAUAACCCCUUUUGGACGAUUCCGAUGGUCAAGAUUACCAUUUGGGCUAUGUGUAUCAAGUGAGAUCUUUGCAAGAAAGCUAAACGAAGCUUUGAAUGGUCUCGAAGGCAUUUUUGUGAUCGCAGAUGAUAUCAUCGUCGUUGGCUGCGGUGAAACAGAACAAUCCGCAAAGUCGGACAAUGACCGCAAACUGAAAUCACUUGCAAAACGAUGCUCAAAACAGAACAUUAUUCUGAAUGAAGAAAAGACAAAGGUCGGAAAAGAAGUGAUCUUUCAUGGACACAGAAUAACAGACAAAGGUGUUUUGCCCGAUAAGAACAAAGUGAAAGCCAUCCAAAACAUGCCGAAGCCGAAAAAUGUUACAGAGGUUCGACAACUCUGCGGACUAGUGCAAUACAUGAGCAAAUUUCUACCUGAUCUUGCGUCGACCAUGGAGCCCAUUCGUCAACUAACGCGUAAAGAUGUCAAGUGGGAAUGGACAAAUGAGUGCGACGAAAGUUUAGAAAAAGUGAAAGCACAAAUCACAAGCGCCCCAGUUUUGGCGUACUUUGAUCCUGAAAAAGUCGUGCUGCAAGUGGACUCAUCGCAACACGGACUGGAUGCAAGAAUUCUGGAAAUCAGACGCGCAACAGAAGAAGAUUCGUCAAUGCAAGAGCUUCAGCACUUAAUAAUCACUGGAUGGCCGAAAAAAAGUGACAUUAGUGCUGAACUCGGACAAUAUCACCCUCUCAGAGAUACUCUCAGUGUGCAAGAUGGAGUGAUCUUCAAAGGUGAAGCAAUAGUUAUUCCAAAAAGCCUGAGAAAAGAAAUGCUGCGAAGACUGCACAAAGCACAUCUAGGUUAUGAUAGUAUGGACAGAAGAGCCCGCGGAACGAUCUUCUGGCCGGGUAUGAGAGCAGAACUGCAAGAGUUCACGAAACAAUGUGUACAGUGUGAGAACAGAAAACCUCCCCCUCAACAGGAAAAGUUGAAACAACAUAGUGAUGGACUACGACCUUGGGACAAGGUCGGAUCGGACUUGUUCAAAAUACAGAACAGGUUAUUUCUCGUCGUCGUAGACUACCACUCAAGCUUCAUCGAAGUGGAUUUACUGACAGUGGCAACCAGUCAGCAAGUGAUUGACAAAAUGAAGAAACACUUUGCUAGAUUCGGAAUUCCCAGAGAACUGAUAACUGACGGUGGACCCCAGUAUAUGUCCACAGAAGUCCGUAACUUUACACAGAAGUGGGGUAUAAAGCAUCACAUCACGUCGCCCCACCACUCAGCAUCAAAUGGUAAAGCUGAGAGUGCUGUGAAAGCCAUGAAGACACUGAUCAUCAAGUGCCACGAGUCGCGUACGGACCCGAUGGAGGCGAUCCUGGAACAACGAAACACAUCUCGUGCCGACACCAAGAGGAGUCCAGCUGAGAUGAUGAUGAAUCGAAAGCUUCGCACCAUGGUACCUUCGCGCGUGAAAGCAGAGCCACGUUGUGAAUCGCGAGGGAAUCGUAAGAAAUCGGUGAAAAAAUGGUUCGAUCAAAAAGCGCACGAUCAACCAAAAGUAAAAAUCGGUCAAUCAGUGUAUUUCCAUAAGCAGAGCAAAAAGCCCUGGCAGAAAGGCAUAGUUGAAAAUAUCAAUGGUGAUCGAUAUAUUGUGCGUAGUGAAGAAAGUGGGCUAUAUGCCAGAAAUCGUGUUCAUAUCCGUCCGACAAAAGUCGAAGUGCAGAUUCGCGAGCAAUCUCCGCCUCGUUAUAAAAAUAUGAAUUCUGAAACUCGUAAUCAAAGCGCGCCAAAGACGCAUGAAACUACUCGUAUGACUGCAACAUCUUCAACAGGCAACACGACAGCAGCCUCUGAAUCAGAACCAACAGCAGCUUCAGAAUCCGGCCCGAGCAGAUACAACCUAAGGCCCCGCGGAAACAUUCAAAGACCCCAGUGUCUUAAGGGUUUUGUGUGA